AUCUGUGUCUCCUGAAAGUGGUAGCAUCAGCGGGGCUUCAGAUUAUAGCCAAACAAAGGAAACAGAGAAGGAUGGAAAAAAGAAUCUGCAUUAUUUCGAUGACAAUGCCUCUGAGACCUCAGAAAAUCGGUUUGAUGGUUUAGAAAGAAUGAGUGGAAGUUGUGAUAAUGGCCAAACUCCUCCAGAGGUUGGGAUGUGUGUCUAUCGUCGGAGCCCAACAUUGGAGCGUCUGGGAAGUUCUGAGUCCUUAUUCCGGUAUAAUGGCCAAACUACUCCAGAGGUUGGGACGGGUAUCUACCGUCGGAGCCCAAGGUUGGAUUGUCUGGAAAGUUCCGAGUCCUUAUUCAGUCCAGCAAGAAGCAUUGGAUCAGAGGAUGAAGACGAUGAAAUCUUUUUCUACCAUGAAAAAGUGGCUGGGGAUGAUAUAAUAAUGGAAUGGGCUAGGGAGAAUAAAAAUGAUCUACUACAGAUAGUUUGUGGUUAUCAUGCUAUGUCUAUUCCCACCCGAGGAAGUGAAAUAGUUUUUCAUCCACUUGAGCAUUUACAGGCUAUUGCGUAUAGGAGGCCUCCAGUUUCUGCUCUUGACCUAAGUGAAAGAUACCUGGAUCAGAAAUUGCAGCAGUCAUUGGAAACUGCUGAGGUUAAUCUGAAGUUAUCUGCGGCUGAGGAAGCUUUGUCACUAUCAAUAUGGACUACUGCCACAAUUUGUCGAGUUCUUUCCCUUGAAAGCGUAAAUUUCUUUUCCACAAAAGUAGUCCUAGAUUGUGUUGCAUAUUUCCCAUGUCAUUUAAACUCUUGAUUUUAAGUGUUCUCUUUAGUAACACACAGUUGUGUUCCAGUCUUGCCUGUUUUCUUAUGAUUGAUUUGUUGUCAACAUAUUCUUAUGAUUGAUUGGUAUUCUAUUACAAGAAGGAUUUUGUUAAUGAGUUUGAAAUAGUUGUACAUUCUUCAUGAGAGUGUCUGCCUUGAGAAUGUACAAUCAUUUUAAGCUUUG